AUGUCAUGUAAAUCAUUUUUUCGAAGAAAUGCAUUUCAACCAUGGGGAAUAUUACGUUGUCCCAAUCAUUAUAACUGUAUUAUAACACAAAAAACACGUAUUAAAUGUCCACCUUGUCGUUUGAAGAAAUGUUUUGCAGUUGGUAUGAAUCCAAAUUUAAUUCGUUCUGCUCAUCAACAUCAACUUAUUCUUAACAAUUAUCAACAAUCAUUGUUCAAGAAUAAAAAUAAAAAAUCAUUAUCAAGAUUUCAAUUGUUGAGUCUUCUUGAAAAUGAUACUUCAAAUUUAUCAUAUGAACCAUGGUCAAUAUUUUCAAAUGUAAUUCAUCAUUAUAAUCAAAUAAAUUCGAUCUUUAAUGAUAAGACAAUAUUUAAUAAACAAUCAUCUUUACCACCUAAAUUACGUUUUAAAUCAACAAAUGUAUUUAAUAUGAUCGAUUCAUUCGUUCAAAAUAAUCAACCGACAAUUGAAUAUUCAUCCCAAUUACAACAAUUGUCUAUGGAUGUUUGUCAAGAAAAAUUUAAGCAUAAUAUUUCUAGUACUAAUAAUCUACACGAUAUUUUUACUAGUUAUAAAACAAAUCUAUAUAGUGAUUCAGUCUUCUUUUCUACUCGUAAUGAAUUGUAUGGAUCUGCUUGUGUUACUGAAAUGAUCUCAAUAUGUAAACAAUUGGAACCAAAUUUAUCAUUUGUUGAAUUGAUGAUAUUUGUUUUAAAUUUUUCAAAUAAUUUUUCAAUUAUUACUUUUGAUGAAAAAAAUAAUAUUGGAACAAUGUCAAAUUCAACUGAUUUUAUUCAUACUCAACAUAUACAUGUAACUAUAUUGUGGAAAUAUUUUAUUAAUCAAUAUGGUUUUAUUGAAGCUGUUCGACGAUUUAAUAGUCUAAUUAAAAGUAUAUUACUUAUUUUUCAUAUUAGUGAAGAUCUUUGUCAAAAUAGAAACAAUAUGAACACAUAA